AUGGAGUUCUUCGACAUAGACGACUCCGAGAGUCCAGAGUACCAGCUCCCAACCACCUCAAACAUCAAAAAAGUCACCAUGAAAGGCACGAGUCCAAACAAAGUCACGAAGAAAACUCCUAUCUCAUCGCCCAGCCGCGCCUUGAAAAACUCGCCAGUCCCAAAAACCAAGGCCGAGAUCCAGCCCUACGACCAGCUCGUGCUAGAUCUCCGCGCACGCAACCCACCAACCCCCUGGAAGGAGAUCGAAACGUUGUACCGCGACGCUGGCGGAAUCACGACAGGACAUCUGAAUCUCAAAGUCCGCAUUGGCUUACUGGAGGCGCUUGAGGAGGAGAUGACGGAGACUGAGAUUCAAGAUCUGAUAGCCGCGAAGCAAGCUGUUGAGGAGGAGUUCCAGAAACAAGUUUGGGGACUUGUUGCUGAGAAGUUGAAGGUUGAGAAGGGAAGGGAGUGGAAUGCUAAGUUUUUGAAGAAUACUUGCGAUGGACUGAAAAAGGGUACUUUGUAG